AUGGCAGCUUGCACAGCUGUUUCCCACCCACUGUCUCUUCCACCAGAUGCUUUCCCUUACUCACCUUUCUCAGGGCCCAGUGGCUCCAGGCGCAUGCGUCAUGUUCAAGAGUUGUAUAAUGAUAACCUAAUGCCACCUGCACAGCCACUUCCUGUAUCCACAUCGGACAGUGUGGUCGGCACUUUGGGCUCCUCUGGUCCAGAACCAUCGCGAAAGACACGGAAAGAGAGGCAACUGAUAAGGAAACAAAAAAUGCCAUUGGGAGUUACUAAUCAGCCCUUGCCCGUCGAACCACUUAUUCUGCCCCCGGCUCACUAUUGCCCUAAGUGCAAUGCAAAGAAAUUUGCAUAUGAGUCACCUACUUUCUGUUGUGGGAAUGGAGAAGUGAAGAUCGCUUCUAAUGACUACCCUGCUGAACUUGUGAGGCUCUUCACUUCACAGGAUGAAGACGCCUUACAUUUCAGGAAAUACGCAAGACUUUAUAAUAACAUGUUUGCGUUUAGUUCCCUUGGAGGGGCAGUUGAUGCAAAGACUGAAAAGGGAAUCUAUGUCUUUAAGUUACAUGGCCAAAUAUACCACUACAUUCCUGAUUUACUUCCUAGAAAUGAGACCCCUAAGUAUCUACAACUUUAUUUUUAUGAUGGCCAACAUGAAGUGUCAAAUCGAUUAGGUUGUUUUCCAGAGUUGAGAGAAGACGUGAUUAACAUUCUCAUGGCCAUUACAAAAACAAAUCCUUAUGCUAGGUUUUUCCGGUCUUUGAAAGAAAUGAAUAUUGAUGAAAAAACGCAGAUUAUACUUAAUAAAAAUACAGUGCCUGACCAACGAGUUUAUAAUGCUCCUACCUCUGAUGAAGUUGCUGUUAUUUGGCCUGAAGCCACAUCUUCCAGUGAAUCUAGCAGCCCGCAUAUACUUGUGUCUGGGAAGUCUAAUGAGUCACAUAGGAUCAUGCACUAUUAUGGCUGCUACGACCCACUCCAGUAUCCGCUUUUGUUUCCCCGGGGUGACUGUGGUUGGAACCAGGGCCUUAAAAAAAUGUCUACCGGUGGUAGGAGGCAGCUACAAGUACAGCAGGAUCCCGUCCUAUCUUGUGCUGUGCACACUGCUGAAGAGCUUUUGUCGGAGGAAGCCAUCCGUGCAACACCGAGCCGCACUAAUACAGACAAACAUAUCUCUGCAAGGCAGUAUUAUGCGUAUAAACUCCAAAGCCGCCCAAACAAUCUACUUCUUAGAGCCGGGCGCUGUCUUCAGCAGUACAUUGUAGACAUGUACGUGAAAGUUGAGAAUACGCGCCUUGAUUUCUUCCGUAACAACCAGGACACUAUCAGGGCAGACUUGUAUCAAGGGAUUCUGGACACUGUGGAAAGAGGGGAAAACAGUGCAGCUAAUGUAGGGCAUCGUGUCGUGUUGCCACCAACUUUUAUUGGUGGCCCUCGGGACCUUAAGAAAAGGUACCUAAACGCAAUGGCUCUUGUGCAACGCUAUGGGAAGCCAGAUCUCUUUGUAACAAUGACAUGUAAUCCAAAUUGGCAAGAGAUAAAACAAGAGCUCGCUCCCGGGGAAGAAGCUCAGAACAGGCCUGAUUUGGUAUCAAGGAUUUUCCAAGCGAAACUGCUAGCCCUGAAAAAACUGAUAAUGCAGAAACAUGUUUUCGGUGAAGUUGCUGCAAUGAUCUACGUUGUUGAGUUUCAGAAACGAGGUUUGCCUCAUGCGCAUUUUCUCAUCAUUCUCACACCUACUUCCAAGAUCAAAACUCUUACCGAUUAUGACAAAUUUGUCUCUGCGGAGAUACCCUCCAUGGACAACCCUCACCUUCGGAAGAUCGUUCUCAAGCACAUGAUGCAUGGCCCCUGUGGAAAGUUAAACCCUAAGUGUCCAUGCAUGAAACGCAAAGGGAAUAAAGAACACUGUAAAAGUGGAUACCCAAAACAGUUUUGUGAUGAGACAACCACCAGUGCGGAUGGCUUCCCAGUGUAUAAGCGCAAAGCCACCGGUGAAACAGUAGUCAUUCGCAGAGCCACUUUGGAUAAUAGGUGGGUCAUUCCGUACAACCCGUACCUCUCAUCUUUGUUUGAUUGUCAUCUUAACGUUGAGGUUUGUUCAAGCAUUCAAGCAGUCAAGUACUUAUACAAGUAUGUUUACAAGGGCCAUGAUAGAAUCUCGUUCAACGUUGUGAGAGACGGUGAACAUGGCGCUGUUGAUGAAAUUGAGCAAUACCAAUCAGGUCGAUGGGUUUCGCCUUGUGAAGCUGCGUGGCGCCUUUUUGCGUUUGACCUGUAUGAGAUGCAUCCUGCUGUCCUACCUCUUCAGGUCCACCUACCUAACAUGCAGACCAUUCAGCUGAGGCCUUAUGAGCAGCUUGAUUCUGUCAUUGCAACAGACAAACGGUCCCGCACUCCUCUGACCGAGUUCUUUAAAGCGAAUGCUGCAACACCAGAUGGGACAGGUUAUCUAUAUGGAAGGUUUACAGAGAAGUACAAAUGGGAUGCAUCUGCAAAGGAAUGGCUGUUACGGAAAAACAAGACCAUAGUUAUUGGCAGGCUAGCUUUUGUUGCUCCGUCUGAAGGAGAGCGAUAUUUCUUGAGGUUGUUGCUUGUUCAUGUGCAUAGCCCUAAAUCAUUUGAAGAUCUCCUGACAGUUGAUGGUUAUCGAUGUGCAACCUUCCAGGAGGCAGCCUUGAAACGUGGAUUGCUUGAAGAAGAUGAAGCUGUGGACCUAUGUUUGGCUGAGGCAUCUGAGGUCCAAAUGCCUACUGCUCUGCGUAGCUUAUUUGCAACAGUCCUCAUUUUCUGUCAACCAAGCAACCCAAGUGCACUGUGGGAGAAAUACUAUGCAUCUCUGUCCGAGGAUUUUAACCGCCAAUUUCCAGGCUUAGAUUCAAAGGUUAAACAUCUGACAGCCAGAUCAGUCGAGCAAUACUUGGAGGAAAUGGGUAAAUCGCUUAAGACUUUUGGGCUUGAACACUUGAAUGAGGAACAGGAUGCUGAGGUAGCAAGGACAAAAGACAUUAUUGAUGCACUGGAUGCACCAAUACCCGAACACUGUAUUAGUUGUCGUGACAAGUUAAACAAGGCCCAACAAGAAGCUUUUAAUUUCAUCAUUGACCAUGUGAAGCAGGGAAAGGGUGGUGCAUUCUUUAUAGACGGCCCUGGUGGAACAGGGAAAACUUUCUUGUACAAUGCAUUAUACGCAGAGGUUCGACUAAUGGGAAAGAUCGUGCUUGCAACUGCUACAUCAGGUAUUGCAGCAGCUAAUAUACCAUCUGGUCGAACAGCCCACUCCAGGUUCAAAAUACCAAUUGAUAUUGAAGCAUCCCUAGCUUGCGAUGUUCCAAAACAAGGUAGCUUAGCUGCAUUGAUACAGGAAACAGCUCUUAUCAUAUGGGACGAGGCUUCGAUGGCAAGAAAAGAGAAUGUUGAAUCCUUGGAUCUGCUGCUCCGAGAUCUGUGCAAUGCAGACCUGCUGUUUGGUGGUAAACUCAUAGUCUUUGGAGGUGAUUUCCGGCAAGUCCUCCCUGUUCUGCCCCGCAAAACACAACGGGAAGCAGUUGCUGUCAGUUUAGUCAGCUCUGCCUUGUGGGCUCGAAUGACAAGGUUCCGCCUGACAGAAAACAUACGAGCCCGUGAAGAUCCAGCCUUCUCAGCUUUCUUACUCGCAUUGGGUAAUGGAGAACUGCAAACCAUUGACAACAACCUUGUCCACUUGCCAAGUGAGGUUGUCAAGCCUCUUGAGGAAGGAAAGGAUCCCAUCACAGACCUGACUGCCCUUACAUUCCCCGAACUCGACCUUCAAGCCUUUGACUCAGACAUCUUCACAACAAGGGCAAUUCUGACUCCCAUGAACGCUGAUGUUGACUCUAUAAACACAAAUCUUAUUCAAAAGUUUUCAGGUCAGCCUGUCCUCUAUAAAAGCUUUGACACAAUGCUUGAUGACAAUUGUAAUAUCUAUCCUACCGAAUUUAUAAACACACUCUGCCCCGGUGGAAUGAGCCCUCAUGAACUUAUCUUAAAAAAGGGAAGCCCAGUCAUUUUGCUCCGGAAUGUUCUCCCAUCUUCCGGCUUGUGCAAUGGUACAAGGUUAAUAUGCCAGGAGUUUUUCCCUAACCUCGUCCAAUGUGUAAUCAUCACUGGCCACCACAAAGGGAAGCACGUUUUUAUUCCCCGUGUUAACCUGCGGCCUGCCGCUUCUUCGAAGUACCCAAUACUUUUUCAAAGAAAACAAUUUCCUUUGAAGUUGAGCUUUGCAAUGACAAUCAACAAGUCCCAAGGGCAAACCUUAAGUCAAGUUGCUAUUUACCUUCCUCGUCCAUGUUUCUCACAUGGGCAGUUAUAUGUCGCCUUGUCAAGGGCAAGACAAUCAGCCCAUGUUACUGUCAUUUCAGCCGGCACUCCCCAACAACAAACCGAAACUCAAGUUGAAAAUGUGCUUUCAUAUGACGUGUUGAGGCUCGCUGGGCCCUUUAAUUUUGGUGAAUUUCUUACAACAUUACCAUUGAGUAUACUACGCCCUAUUUUCUUAGACACUAAUGCUGACUGUGAUUCGUCUCUCUUUCUAUGUGCUCGGUGCUUGGCUCAUUGCACACGAAUACGUCUACCUGUUUUUGCUGCAUACUCAGGGGCCUUUAAUUUUGGUGAAUUUCUUACAGCAUUAGCAUUGAGUUUAUUACGCCCCGUUUUCUUAGACGCUACUUUUAAUUCACCAUGA